GCGGCCAGGGCCGGAACAUGGCGGCGCCCUCGGCCCCGCGGCCGCCCCGGCCCCGCAAGGAGCCGCAGCCGCUCGUCAUCCCCAGGAGCGCGGCCGAGGAGCAGCGCCUCCGCCUCGAGCGCCUCAUGAGGAACCCGGAAAAGACUGUACCAAUUCCUGAAAAACUGAAUGAAUGGGCACCUCGACCUCCCCCGGAGUUCGUUAGAGAUGUCAUGGGUUCCAGUGCUGGGGCUGGGAGCGGGGAGUUCCACGUGUACCGGCACCUCCGUCGGCGAGAGUACCAGAGGCAAGAUUUCAUGGAUGCCAUGGCUGAGAAGCAAAGACUAGAUGAGGAAUUCCAGAAGAAACUGGAGAGGAAUAAGAUGAUUGCAGAAGAGCAAACAGCAAAACGCAGAAGGAAGCGCCAGAAGUUAAAAGAGAAGAAACUGCAAGCUAAGAAAAAUAAACUUGAACAAAAGAAGCAGGAAAAAGAACCCGGGCAAUCCCAAGAGCAAGGCAGCAGCGAGGAUGACGAAGAGGAUAGCAAGGAGGAGGAAGAGAAGGAAGAUGAUGCUGAAGAGCCAAGUUUUGUGAUGGGAAGAGGAUGAGGCCUUCCAGGGACAGCUGGAAACACUGUUCAUUGCUUUAUAUUCAGGAGCAUGAAAGUCUUUCAUCUCAGCCAAGCAGAACCCAUUGGCGUACGUUACAUCUGCUUAACGGGGCAUGGCCUUCACGUCACAGGCCUGAGAGAAAAUGAUAGAGAAAUGCCAAAUAAGAGAUUUUUUCUUAAUUGCUUGUAUAACUGCUGUGCAGUCUGCUCUAAGUUUGCUCUAAAGAGUCAGCCAUAAGUCUCUAUGACCCUAGAGUUCUUUCUAAAAUGGCCCAGAGUGUUUUUCUGUCUGAAAGCUAAAACAUAACUAUUACCAUUUAAGGGAAAUAUUACUGUGAAGGCUACGUAUUCUACUUAUCUUGAAGCUGGUAGCAGUGGGAUACAUGAAUCUAGGGGAAGAGUUUAACCUGAAGUAGAAAAGUGGUCUGUAGCCAGACUCUCCUGCACUGUGAGUGUUCUGCAUUUGGGGUUUUGUAUGGGGUCAUCUCUAACCCAAAGAAAUCAGUUUAUGUUGCUAGACAAGUUCUAUAGAUUUUUAAUCUGGAUCCCUUUUUUAAUGCUAAAACUUUCCCUAUUGCUUUUCUUCCAUGUUUUCUAAAUUAAUAAAAGGGAUGUGUUGGA